AUGUCUUAUCAUCCUGGACAUGGCCAUCGAGAUCGAAAAUAUGCCACCGAAAGAAGAGGGUUUCAAAAACCAGAUGAUUCCGCCGAUAAACCUCGAACCGGACCAUUGAUUUUAGAAGAGAAAACAAGUGAAACAACAUCGGCGCCAGUUGAAGAAUCUCUUCAAGUUCACAACAAUCCAUAUUCUAGUCUAAAUAUACAGCAACAGCGGAUACGAUUGCCUAUUUUUAAGGUGCUUUUUUAUUCGCUGAGAUAUUGAAAAAUCAAAUUUCUCAUUCAGAAUCGCGGUCAUAUUCUAUAUCUAUGUGAAAAAUAUCGAACAGUGAUAAUAGUGGGAGAAACUGGGUGUGGAAAAUCGACACAAGUUCCACAAUUUUUACUCGAAGCUGGAUGGGCGGCUGAUGGAAGACAAAUUGCAGUUACACAGCCGAGAAGGGUUGCUGUAGUUACCGUAAGUUGGGAAUUCGAAUUUUUCAAGAAAUUCAGAAUUUUUUGCAACCAAAAAAUUUGACCUAUUUUGAUAAACAGUGAUAUUGCUCAUGUUUGGUAUCAAAAAACUCAGAAUUUCAUGAGAAUUAACAUGAGCAAUAUGAUUCAAAUGCAAAUUUAUAAAUAUUUGCAGUUGGCUACUCGAGUGGCUGAGGAAAAAGAUUGUAUUCUUGGACAUGAUGUUGGUUAUACUGUAAGAUUCGAUGAUGUUUCGGAUAAACAAACAAAAAUCCGAUUUAUGACCGAUGGAUUAUUGUUAAGGGAGAUUUUAGUGGAUCCAUUAUUGGCGAAAUACAGUAUUAUAAUGAUCGACGAGGCUCACGAAAGAUCGUGUAACACGGAUAUUUUGCUAGGUCUACUGCGGAAAAUCAUGCAAAUUCGAAGCGAUUUACGAAUCAUUGUCUCUUCGGCAACUCUUGACGCCGAAUUAUUCAAGGAUUUUUUCGAGAUGAAUGAGAGUGGAAAUUCGGAAAAUGAUACGGCUGCUAUUAUUUCAGUUGAGGGGAGGACUCAUCCAGUUGCUGUGCAUCACACAAAAACGUGGGUUUUUUUUAAAGAGAUUUGA